CAACCGUCUAUUGCUCUGUGCUUCGCGAAGGUCUACAAAGGCAACACAGAAGCUCCAACGGCGAAGGCUCAAAGGACCCUCUCUAUUUUCUUCCUCGUUUUUUGUUAGCUUCUCCUCCGAAAACAAAACCAAAAGAAGCAAAAGGAACCCAAUAGCAUCAAUCAUCUAUACUAGCAGCUAUAGCUAGGAUAUCUGUAAAAGAAAAAAGUGUGAUCUUUUUCGUGUCUGAAUUGAACUUGGGUUCAGUGUACAUGUCUUUUUCUGGGGAGAGGGUAAAAAGCUUGUUGGGAGAUUGUACCCAGAAAAGAAAAUAUCAGUCUGGGACAAAAUCUCUGUUUUCUCACGAGCCUUCAUAUUGAGUUUUGUUGAGGUUCUCUGCAUUUCAAGACUUUGUUUUGUUUUGCUUGUUGAAUUUGUUUGAAAGCUGGGGAAAUAGAGAUUUGGGAAACUUUUGUUUGGAUGGGGGUUUGCUGGAGCAACAAAAUCAAGGCUGAAACUUCUUCUCAUACAGGAUUCAAUUCUAAAAAUGGGAGUGCUUCAAAUAGCAAGGCGUCAUCAGGUUCCAUGCCUGUCACUCCUCGGAGUGAGGGUGAGAUCUUACAAUCUACCAAAUUGAAGAGUAUCGGCUUCAGUGAGCUCAAAAAUGCCACAAGAAACUUCCGUCCUGACAGUGUACUAGGAGAUGGCGGUUUUGGUUCUGUUUUCAAAGGUUGGAUUGAUGAAAGUUCUCUCAUAGCUACCAAGGCCGGUACUGGCAUGGUGAUUGCCGUGAAGAGGCUCAACCAAGAUGGAAUCCAGGGUCACAAGGAAUGGUUGACAGAAAUCAACUAUCUUGGGGAGCUGCAUCACCCUAAUCUUGUGAAAUUAAUUGGUUAUUGCUUAGAGGAUGAUCAUCGGCUCUUAGUUUACGAGUUCAUGCCUAAGGGUAGCAUGGAAAAUCAUCUAUUCAGGAGAAGUUCUCACUUUCAGCCACUAUCUUGGAGCCUUCGAAUGAAAAUCGCCCUUGGUGCUGCAAGGGGACUUGCUUUUCUCCACAACGCUGAAACACAAGUCAUACAUCGCGACUUCAAGUCGGCUAACAUUUUGCUCGACUCGAACUACAAUGCAAAGCUGUCUGAUUUUGGAUUAGCCAGGGAUGGCCCAACUGGUGACAAGAGCCAUGUCUCUACUAGGGUCAUUGGAACUCAAGGAUAUGCUGCUCCUGAGUAUUUAGCCACAGGUCAUCUUACUGCCAAGAGUGACAUAUACAGUUUUGGAGUUGUUCUACUAGAAAUGUUAUCUGGACGACGAGCUAUAGAUAAGAACAGACCAACUGGAGAACACAACCUGGUGGAGUGGGCAAAACCAUACCUGAGAAACAAACGCCGGGUUUUUCGUGUUAUUGAUUCUCGACUUGAAGGCCAGUACUCACUUAAUCGGGCUCAAAAGGCUGCCAACCUUGCACUUCAAUGUCUUUCUAUAGAUUCUAAGUACAGACCCGACGUGAACGAAGUGGUAACAACACUGGAGGAGCUUCAGGAGACAAAGGACAUGCAGAAAAGUACUCAGAAAGAGAACCAUGUAACUAGUCAUGGCCAUUCUAAUGGUGCUCCUAAUGCUUCCAGAGUGACUGCUUAUCCCAGGCCUUCUGCAUCCCCACUUUUUGCUUGAGAGAAAUUUUUCAUGCUGCCCAAGAUACAAGGGAAGGUGUUGAGUAAAGUCUUGAGAGUUCAAAUUUGUACAUACCCAAGAUUGUUCUUGUAGAGUUUGAAGUGAUUGUGUAUAAAUAUGUAUUUGAGCUCAUUGAGUAUAUUUGGUUCCUUUAGAAAUUAUGUGACCUUGUUAAAAUCCUCCAUGAAGGCAUAGUCUAGAUAUUGGAUUUUUUUUUC